AAACUGUCUGCUAUCAUUGUCAUGUCAUUUUAAAACAUCAUUGCAUAUCUAUUAUCUAGGCCAUACCAAAGAGAAUAAAAGUUAAACGCGUAUGGGAUAGAUCUAGAUCUAGAUCGACUUUAAAAAAUCAUUUUGUGAUUUCAUUUCGUUACGUUUGACAGUCAGCGACAAAACUAAUUUACAGUAGUACGGUUAAGCCGACGCAAUGCCAACGACACUCGUAUUCAGUGAAUCAGGUUCUAAAUUUAGAUCUAGCUACUGGUGCUAAAUCAACAAUAACUGGGACUGUAUUCUCUGUGAUUCGCAAAGAAGUACAGUGAAAACUGAGCUCGUGGUUAUACUACUCAUUCUUGCAGUGGGUUAACCACUCCGAGAGCAUUCUCGCAAAUUUUGCAUGUUUCAAUUGAACUUUCAAAGCUUUAACCAUGACUGACAAAAAUCUUUUGUCAACCCACAAUUCCCUUUUGGACAAAUGGACCAAGAGUGACUCCUCCUCCUUGGGAGGCUUGUCCUUGUCAUCAGGCAAACUAAGUGGAACCUCAUCAUUGUUGAGCACAUCAGGGACCUCCAAACCAACAUCAGGCUUUGGGUCUCUUGGAACCUCGCUGUCCACAAGCCUCAGUGGUUCAUCUACUCUGGGCAACAAAGGCUCAAGCUUGCUUUCCUCUUCUACUUUGGGCAAACCGUCCCUUCUCAGCAGUGGCUCUAGCCUUCAGUCAAAGCUCAGUCUCUCCUCAACGACAAGUUCUCUGCUUCGACCAAGCUCCUUGCUAACCUCUACUCUGACGCCAUCUGGAGGCUUAUUGUCUUCAAAAUCUGAGAAGGCCCCAGCCAUUGAAUCAAGUCUCAAUAAGCUGAGUCUUGCAAGUGCUCACAGUCCCAAGUAUGACACAAAAGCCUCUGAAAGGGGAACCACAAAAUAUGGACUUGGAAGUGCUAAGAAGCGCCUCACUAAGGACUCUCAAAAGACUGAGAAAAAGAAGAAGGUUGUUGGUCAUGGAGGAGAAGUGAUGGCCCAGGUGAUCAGACGCCAUGCCAUAAAAGCCCCAGAUUACUUCAUCAAAUGUGAGAAUGAAGAGGAAUAUAUGGACAUGGACAUUCCCCAGUUUGUCCCUCCCUCAGAGGACAUGCGACUGGCUCCAUCUGUGGCAAGAUCACUCACUGAUGUAGUUGGAAUUAAGCGGGGCCUCAUCAACUGGGUGAGUGGAUCUCUCAUUAGUCAACCAGACUUUACCAAAAAAGACAAUCCCAUGCGGCUGCAGAUUGUUGAGAACGUCACAGCUGUGGUGGAAUACGACCCGGAGUUCAUUCUGAAAGUGGCCUUGUACUCGAGGAAAGAGCUGCAUAUCCGCACCACUUCAAACUUCUUGUUGGCCCUGGCUGCCAGCAUCAGCCCAUGCAGGCAAUUUUUGAAGAAGUACUUCAGCGCCUCAAUUGCUUUGCCAAGUGACUGGAUUGAAGUUGCUGAAAUAUUCCAGACAUUGGAAGGUGGCAACUUGAAACUUGGUUCACUUCCAGCGGCACUGAGAAAGGCAAUGAUCAACAAGUUUCCUGAAUUUGACAAAUAUCAACUGGCCAAGUACAACAAAGACAGCUCCGGGAAGAAAAAAGCUAAAAAAGCUAAAAAAGCUGAAGCUUCAAAGAAGAAAAAAACCCCCAAGAAAUUACGUUUGUUUGACAGCGACUCAAGCGAUGACGAGGAUGAUGAAGACAAGAAUAAAAAAGCUAUCCGACAGCUGAGCAGCAUUGCAUAUGAUGAGAAAGAAAGCAGUGAACAGAUCGCCAAACAGCACUUCACCAUUAAACAGCUGAUUCGCAAACUGCAUAUCAGAGAACCCGUGGAACAUAUCAUGUCCAUUAUCGGGAAAAAGUACCCUCUUACCAUGGAGGACUUUUACCAGAGUCGUCUGCCAGGCACGUUUGAAGAAGAGCGGGCCGGCAAGAGGAUGAAGCUUCCAGUGCCAGAGACUUGGGAGACGCAAGUCUCUCUCAAGGGCAACAAGGCACAGACCUGGCAGGACCUCAUAGAUCACAAGAAACUGCCAUUCAUGGCCAUGCUGCGGAACUUGCGCAACUUGAUUAAAGCUGGAAUAUCACCCAAACAUCAUAACUUUGUCCUGCGUCGACUCUCUGACCAGAGAUCUGUAAUCAACAGCAAACAGUUCCCUUUCCGGUUCUUCUCUGCCUAUGUUGUUCUCCAAGAGCUUGAAGAGGCCUAUGAGAAAAAUCAGGAGGAGAUCAUUGCGAAAGCUGAAGCAGAGUCUGAAGGUCGUGUUUAUUCCAAAGUUCAGACAGGAUUUAGGGGCAGAGGAAGGGGUGCGAGAGGAGCAGGUGUGAGGGGAGGAGGAGUGAGAGGGCGAGGAGCCAAAGGCAGAGGAGGGAGAAGAGGCGCAUCUGGUGACAGUGAUGGGCAGUUUGCUUGGUGGGUGCUUCGUAAGCAAAAGAAAGAUGCUGCAGGACCCACGGAGGUUCCGUAUGAUAAAGCUUUGCUGCAGAGAUACCGCAAAGCAUUGGACACAGCUGUGAAAAUUGCUACUGUCCACAAUGUGCAGCCUAUUAAAGGCCGCACAAUUCUGUUGUGUGACAUUAGCCAGAAAAUGAACAAGCCAUGCUCGAGUGCCAGGGGUCUCGGAAAGCCACGCACAUUGCGAGAAAUUUCAGUCCUGAUGGGUCUGAUGUGCAAGUACUCCUGUGAAGAAUGUGAGAUGAUUGUCUUCAAUGACGAAUCAUACAAAGCCAUUGAACUGCGUAAAGGAACCAUUCUAGACAACAUGAAUGCUGUCUUGGAUUGUGAGCUGCCCUCGGACUCUGCUGAGAUGGUGGAAUCAAUUCCCUACCAAGUGCUGCUGGAGAAGCUCAGAGAUCGAGUUCAGGUGGACAACCUGCUGGUGUUUGGAGAGGACUACUACCCUGACUGUGAUGAAGGCAGAGUGCUGGUAGACUUCCUCAAGAACUACCGACAUUUGGUCAACCCAAACCUGUUGUUUGUGGCUGUUACCUUCUCCAGCCCCAGAGCUGGAUUCACUUCAGACAUCCAGCCAGAACACGACAAUGAUAUCUACAUUUCUGGUUACAGUGAUGCCAUCCUCAGGUUCGUUGCUGAGCGAGGUGAUGCUGGGAUGGUCAAUCACGUUGACAAGAUUGACGAGGCCUUCCAGCUGCGACCCAUGCCACGGCUGAGAGUGGACCAGCAGGAGGUGAAGACGGUUGUGCCGGAGCCAGAGAGGAGCCUCAGGCUGACAGCCCCCACCCCCAGGUGGAGAACCGUGAGAGUUUUCAUUUCCUCCACAUUCCGGGACAUGCAUGGCGAGCGUGACCUCUUGACCCGGUUUGUCUUCCCUGAGCUGAGAGCUCUGGGUCGGAAACAUUUCAUCAAUGUCUAUGAAGUGGACCUCCGCUGGGGUAUCUCUGAGGAACAGGCAAAAGACAACUGCACCGUGAGCCUAUGCCUGCAGGAGGUCGCUCGCUGUGACAUCUUCAUCGGAGUCCUGGGUGAGCGAUACGGCUGGACACCCUUGACCUAUGAGGUCCCUGACUCCCCGGAAUAUGACUGGGUGCGCCAGUACGCCCCUGGAGCAUCGGUGACGGAGCUAGAGAUGCAGCUCGGAGCUCUGUCUCAACCAGCUCAAGCCAAGGACACAGCUUUCUUCUUCAUGAGAAACAAUUCCUUUGAAACAGAUGUGCCUGCUCCCUUUGAGAAAAGCUUCAAAUCAGAAUCAGAUGUCCACAAAGCCAAGAUGUCUUCUCUGAAGUCUCGCAUCCGGAAGAGUGGGCUUGAGGUGUUUAAUUACCCGUGCCACUGGGGCGGAUGUGUGGAUGGCAAACCUGUGGUGUCAGGUCUGGAGGAGUUUGGUGCACGCAUGCUCAACACCCUGCUGAAUGCAGUGAAGAAAAUGUGCCCUGAUGAGGAUGGACUCCUGUCUGAGGAGGUUCACAUUGACAACCUUCACUGGGCACUGGUGGAGCAGUGCCACUCGGAGUUCAUCGGUCGCAAAAAUCUGCUCAAACAGGCUGUAGGCAAGAUCUACACCACGUCAUCCGGUGUCAUUGGUCUUUUCGGCAAAUCAGGAAGUGGAAAGACAGCAUUGAUGUCUUCAGUUAUCAUGGAGAUGGUGAAGUCAAAGACGUCUAGUGGUGCACGGAAUGUGUUCAUCAACAUGGCUGGUGCUGCUCCAGGCUCAACCAAUCUGGCAGCCACUGUGAGGCACCUAGCCAUGCAAGUCAACUCCAGAUUUGCUUUGGGGUUCUCACUCCCAGAAGACUUCAAAAACUUGUGUCUGAAGUUUGGUGACCUUCUGUCAGAUGCGGCCAAUAUGUGCACCACUAAACUUGUUGUGUUUCUCGAUGGUCUGGACAUGAUGGAGGAUGCUUACCAGCCAUACAGUUUGGAGUGGCUGCCUAGCCACAUUCCUGAUAACGUUGUGUUUGUGAUAUCAGCCAUCACAAACGAGAAGACCUUCAAGUCCCUGAAACGUCUCAGAGUGGAUGAGAUGAUUGUUGGAGAUCUGGACAUGUGGGAUAAGGCUGAGCUGGUCAGACAGACGCUGGCAAAGCACCGCAAGUCACUGGACGAGUCUGGCUUUGGGAACCAGAUGAAACUGUUGAUGUUGAAGAAAGAAGCCCACAACCCAUUGUAUCUGAAGCUGGCGUGUGAAGAACUGAGGGUGUUUGGUGUGUUUGAGAAGGUGUCUGACAAGCUGAAAGGUCUGCCCCACACAACUGCCCAGAUGUUGCAGGAGGUUCUGGAGCGUCUGGAGUCUGACCACGGAGUGAAGCUGGUCUCUACAGCUCUGUGUCUGCUGGCCUGUGCACGUGAUGGGUUGUACCCAGAAGAGUUGUACGAGCUCCUGAGCUGGUACAGUGUCUAUGGCAGUGACAGCUUGGAACCUCGGGAUCUCUGCAAGAAAGCCCUGAGCCGUGAGGAAGAAAUACCACCUGUGACAUUGACCUUCUUGGCUAGGUCCAUCAUGUCCUUCCUCAACCCAAGCUCUACUUGGGCUCCCAUGCUGUCCCUGGCAAACGCAGAGAUCUGCACUGCAGUUCGCCUGCGCUACCUGAAAGGGACUGCUGCUGACAUGGAGCUUAGCUACCACAAAUUUUUGGCAGCCUUUUUCAUGAGACAAGCAGAUCCUACAAAAGAUGACACCUGGCAGAGUCAGAAUGUCCGAGCGUUCUCAGAGCUCCCAUACCACCUGGCCUGUGGUGGCUGCUUCACAGAGCUGGCCAGAGUCCUGUGCAACCACAAGUUCAUCCAAGCCAAGUGUUCCCUGGGGAUGGCUGCAAAACUAUUGGAUGACUUUACACCUAAAGGCAGUGGAAGCCGGGCCAUGGAAAGAGAGCAGAACCGCUUCUUGUCCCUGCAAAGUGUACAGCAGUACAAGUCCUUCAUCUUCAGGAACAUCAACAUUCUUGUCAACUAUCCAUCUCUGGAGUGGCAGCAGGCAAUCAAUGAGCCAUCUCACACUCUGCCGUAUGAGGAUGCCUUCAAAAUGCAGCAGUGGAGCAGAGACCUGCCUGCCUACAUGGAGUGGAGCAACAAGCCAGAGGAAGAGAGCCAGUGCUACCUGACUCUGUCCAACUUCAAGGAGUCGGUGAACUGUGUUGCGGUGUCUCCCAACUGUUCGAUGUUUGCCGCUGGCUCCCAAGACCUUUUGGUCAGGCUUUAUGACAUGGCCACUGGCAAGGAGCUGAAGUUCUUCCACGGCCACUCGGACGCUGUGACAGACAUCUGCUUUGCCGGCAACGACAUUCUGUGCAGUGGCUCAGUGGACACGACCCUAUGUCUCUGGGAUGUGACCGACGGCCACAGAAUUCACACCCUGAAAGGACAUGGUCGACGAGUCAACUCGUGUGCCUCAGAUUCACAAGGCAAACUGAUAGCCUCUGGAGGCUGGGACUGCAUGGUGAAUGUGUGGAAUACAGCAAAAGGAGACAAACUCUGCGAAUUCAACAUUGAGAGCCCUGUCAACUGUGUUGAUUUCCAUCCCUCGGAGGAGCUCGUCGUUGUUGGCAGCUGGGAUUCUCUGAUCAGAAUCUACAAUUACUUCCACAAGACGCGUGUCGCUAUUCUGCGUGGACACAGCACCUCAGUGAGGGACAUUGCCUACUCCAUAGAUGGACGCCACUUGGCCUCUGCUGCGAUGGAUGGAGACGUAAAGAUCUGGGCCGCAGACAAAGGCUCCCAGGUGGGCAACGUGAAAGGUCAUGCUGGGCCUGUGAACAAGCUGAUAUUUUCUCCGUCUGGAAGGGAGAUAAUUACUGCUGGUGAAGACCACCAAGUCAAGGUGUGGUCUGGAGACCUGGGCAUCCCAGUUCACAGACUAGACACACAGAACAAUGGCGCUGCCACUUCAGUGUGUAUCUCACCCUCAGGCCUCAUGUUGGCCGUGGGGUACCACUUGGGUCAGGUUCGCAUCUACGAUGUCAACACAGGUGUAAAAAUGGUGGAGAUAAAGCUGUGUCCUUGCGCUGUGCGGGCUCUGUGUUACUCCCAGGAUGGUGGCUACAUCCUUGCAGGCUGUGAUGACAACAAAGUGCAGAUUUUGGAGAGUACUCAGGGCUCUCGAGUGUGCUCCCUGAUUGGCCACAGCAAGCCGAUCCUGUGUGUGACCACCAGCAAGAGCUACGUGGCCAGCUGUGGCGAGGAUUUCACCUGCUGCAUCUACGAGAACAUCAGACAGCUGAAAAGUCAGAGAGAGUCCAAGCCAACACGGAUCCUGAAAGGACACAUCGCCCCAGUCACGUCCUGCUCAUUCAACAGCGACGAGACAAUGAUCAUCACAGCCAGCAGAGAUGCGAGCGUGCGAGUGUACUCCAUGAGUGACGUGUUCAUGUCUGACGAUGCGGCUCCCUUGAACAUCUUGCACGACUGUCACGCAGACUGGAUCAACGCUAGUCAGUGGUCCAACACGGGAAGCUUUUUGGUGACGGGUUCCAAUGACUUCAAUUUGAAAGUGUGGGACAUGAAGACCUCCAAGGAGAAAGUGAAAAUGACAGGACAUUCAUCAGCCAUCAAUGCAGUAGCUUACAAGUUUGGGUGCAUCAUAUCGGGCAGCACAGACGGGACUGUCAAAGUCUGGUCGCACAAGGGAGUGGAGAUUACCACACUGAGGGGGCACGACCUCAGAGUCAAUGCUUGUGACAUGUUCGUCAAGUACUCUGCCAAAGGCAACCAGAGCGGAGGGGAGGAAGAAGAGCCACCUCAGAGUUGGGCAGACAUGGUCGAGGACAAAGAUGGGGAGAAGGAGGGACAAAAACCGAACCGUCCACACAGCAAAGAGGAUGUCAACGUGCAAGAAGUGAUUGUUGUGUCCGCUGGGGACGAUGGAGCUGUUUGGAUCUGGAAGCCACUACAGGCUUACAGUUUGGCCUGUUUGACCGGUCAUUCUGAUCGUGUGCUGGCGGUGGCUGGAGAUCGCAAUGGUCAAGUGACGAGCUGCUCUCUGGAUAAGUCAGUCCGCGUGUGGCGCCCACGGCUUGAGGACAGCCUUGACCUUUCAAAACAUGAUGGCCCUGUCACCUUUGUAGCCUCAUCAGUCAAUGGUGAACUUAUCAUUUCUGGCAGCAGGGAUGGAGUUGUCAAGAUUUGGAAGAAAGAUGGGAAAACAUGCGGGAUGAAACUCAGCUUCCAGGCGCAUGAAAGGGCUGUGAACUGUGGCUCAUUCCAAAGUGCCUCUACAACGCUUUUCUACACUGGCGGAGACGAUUAUACCAUUACCACAUGGUCCAUCACAGACCGCAAGGACGGGUUCUUUGUCAGGCAGGUGACUCAAGUCAAAGUAGACUAUCCUGUGGCAAGUAUCCUGUGCAGUCCUCAGACCAACUUGCUGUUUUUCUCCACAUGGAGGGGAGAUAUUUAUGCCUCCCAUGCUGGUGUACUCAAAUCAAUCUUCCGUGUUGAAGAGGAAAUGAAUGAUGAUGUGAAACACUGGCCAACCUGCCUUUCUGCAAACCCAGAUAAUCAGAGGGAGAUUGUGGCUGGCACAACACAAGGCUCUGUUAUUACUCUCAGGCUGUCUGCUAAUCAGAUGGAUGUUGUGAGCACAGAGGUGUUGGCAGUGCCGUCAGACGAUUGGGAUAGAGGGAUGGAAGAAGCCAAGAUUCCACGAAAUUUUGUCAACUGCUGUGGAAAGGUGAAUGGCAUGACCUUUGGUGGCGACUCCCGCGGUCAGGUCAUGAUGGUCACAGGCGAUGUUUUCAACAAGUCGACUGUCAAGAUUCACAAGUCAGCCGUUACUUCUGUUGAGGUAUUUAACGACAUAGCAAUCACAGCCUCUGCCGAUUGCUCCAUCAAAGUGUGGCGCAUUGUGAAUGAAGGGGACAUCUGCCAGAUUGGUCAGUUCCAGUGUCCCUCUCCAGUGACCUGCAUGAGAGUGGUCAGCUCAUCCCGAGAAGGCUUGGUCAUUGCCGCCGGAGACCAACUGGGCAACUUGCACCAACUCGUGUGGCACCUGGCUGGCAAAUAAAGAUGCAGAUUUUGACCUUUUGAACUUUUGUAAAGAUCUCAGGGUCACGUCCACCUCAAUGUACAAAAUCUCUCACCUGCCAUCAACGGAGCUGGACUUGUAUAUAAGUGAUCAUAGUUUCUGAAGUUUUUCUUUUUAUCUCUCAACUGCCUUCUUUUUUCAAGGGUCUUUGAACUCUGUUCUGUUUUUAUUCUUCAAUCGUGCAGUACACUGAUUCCAUUUUUGUGUUUUCAGAAUGCUUUACUUCCAUAUAUAUAAAGGCAUCUUUUUGUAUUGUACACCCUUGAUUGCCAUUGUCUCACAUGUAUUGGAAAAAAAAAUUCAAAAAAAAAA